GUUGUGCGCAGGCGCAAUGUCUCACUUCCGGGUCGGGGCGAAGCGGGUGGUCCGCGUCCCCGGUGUCACAUGUCGGCUCCGUUCGAGGAGCGGAGCGGGGUGGUGCCCUGCGGGACGCCCUGGGGCCGCUGGUACCAGACCCUGGAGGAGGUGUUCAUCGAGGUGCAGGUGCCGCCGGGCACGCGGGCGAAGGAUGUGUGCUGCAGCCUGCAGAGCCGGCGCGUGGCGCUGUCCGUGGGCGGCCGGGAGGUGCUGCAGGGUAAACUUUUUGACUCUACGAUAGCUGAUGAAGGAACGUGGACCCUAGAAGACAGAAAACUGAUACGAAUUGUUCUGAUGAAGACUAAUCGAGAUGCUGGAAAUUGUUGGACGUCUCUGUUAGAAAAUGAAUACGCUGCUGAUCCUUGGGUACAAGACCAGAUGCAAAGGAAACUCACGCUGGAGCGAUUCCAAAGAGAGAACCCCGGAUUUGACUUCAGUGGGGCAGAAAUUUCUGGAAAUUACAGCAAAGGAGGACCAGACUUCUCUAGCCUUGAAAAAUAAACUGUUUGCAACUGUGUUCCUUGGGAGCAGUCACACAUUACACUGGAGGACUGGAAUAUGUAACUGGUGAAGACUUCAGUGAUCUAUCCAGCAGAUUGUUGGCAAGUAAUUACUUCAGUGAAGAGAAAGGAGGUCUCUUCUAGUAGAGUGAAGAGAAGUCUUAGCUACGAACUUGUAACAUUAACUUUCUAGUAACUUCCUAAUGUUAAAGGAAUUAAAUACACAGAAGGUGUACACAGAAAAUAACAAAUGGAAGCAGAACAUAUUUUUUUCUCAAACCACAGUGAGCUAGUGAGUUAUAAAUACGCCACUUGUCUAUGCAAGACUACUUAUUCACUGUUGAAAAUGGAUCCUAUAAGCAAGAUACUUAAUGUUUUUAUUUAACUUGCAACUGGAAGGAUAUCAGGAAGGCUAAUUACACUUCUGCUGCAUAGCAGCCCUGUAAGUGUUCGUAAAUGUUAUUUUAAAACAGUGGUUUAAAUAAAGAAAACUGCUGGAUUUUGCCUGAAAUGAGGUUUUACAAUCACCUGCACUGCCAAAUAUAAUACUAGUGAUAAAUCCUUGCUACCAGUUAAGCGAUAUGAGAAAACUGAGAAGUCAGAAGUCUGGAUAUAAAUGGUUUUCUGUUCAUGUAAUAUAGUAGUAUUUGAAAUUUUGUAAGUAAGAGAAUAUGGCAACUUCUGAAAGGAGUAUUAAGUCCCUAAGUAGAAAAUUAUAUCUUUCAUCUGUCCAUUGAUGACAUACAGCAUUACAUGUGUAAGAACAUGCAGGUGUAGAUUUUGGUAGGUAGUUUAAUAGUCACAUCUUAAACUUGGCUGUUGAACAAUAUAAUACUUUGCAUGUGCCAGUUCAUUAUCUUCUACUUGUUCUUAGGGACACAGGUGAGAAGUCCUCCAGCUGCAUUAUUCAGGACAAAUACCGCGUCAAAUUGACUAGCAGGAAGAAAACGUGAUUGCUGAAUUCUAUUGUAUUCUGAACACUGAAAAUACUGCCUACAGUUAGGUACUAAGCAGACAACUUAGAGAUAAAUUACCAGUAGCUGUCCAUCAUCUUGCUGAUCCUUAUUUUUAAAAUUGCAUCAUUAUUUCAGUUGGCAUAUUACAAAAAUAAAAUGCUAGCUGGAAGAGGGCUUUCUUUUACCAGCAAGCAAGCAAUACGUACUCCUGAAAUAACCAAGUACUCUUCUACCCAUGUAAUCCUUACAGAAAUAUAUAGUAGGUCCAAACACCAUGCUUGGGUUUUAGAAAAUUUGCCUUACUGUGCAAACCAAAGUACAGUUUGUUAUCAAAUGUAUCUUAACCACAGUCCUGGUUUAGAAGGUAGAUAGAGUAGCUAAGGAAUGAAUGACACUGCUGCAAAAGUUAACUGAGGAUAGAGAUAAUAAAUAACUGUUAAUGCUGCUUCAAAGUGCUGAAAUACUAUUCAGUGCAAGAGUAUUUUACAUUGCAGCAGUUAGAUUCACUUACACAGGAAUGUUUUUUUAUAUGUUAUGCUUACAGAAAUUCAGAGUAGCAUCUGAUGCUUCACUGCACGAACAGAUAGUUUUACUGUAUAUUCUUUCAAAGCUAAACUUUCUUCUGUUUUCUUCAUCAAGUAGCCUUUUGUGCUUUAUGAAGUACACGUUCAGUCAUUAUAGCUUGCAAUUGCUUUAGGAGGACAAGUUUAAACUAUUUGGCUUGCUACUUCUGUAGCCCACUAUAAGUGAUUUAUUUCCUGAAUGGCAGUCUCCUCAAGUUGCAGUUAAUACUUUACCAGAUGGUGGUUUGUGUUCCACCUUGCUGGGAUUCCAUCCCUUAUUUCUUAAAUAAACCAUGAAAGAUGUGACAGAUGCAUGGAGUUGGAUGUGUGAUAGUUACAGAGCAACCUACUUUACUGGAAAUAAUACUGAGCAGGCAUUCACAUUGCUGUUUGAUAUAUAAAUGAGCAGAGGCCACCCUACAGGCAUUUUCUCAUAGCUCUGAGGCAAGAUAAGGUCAGACAGUCAAAAGGACAAACUGCUUUUAAUGGAUGUGUUGGGCACAGUAGAUGGCUAAACAUUUAUCUAGUCACACUGUAAUGCUCAGCUCCAUCCAAGAACUGAAAGCUUGGAAUUAGAAAUGUGGGUUCCUCAUGAUCUUAAAAUACUAUCUGUGUAUUUACUGCAAUGCAUAGGAAUAGAUGAUCUGUACCGUCACAUAGGGAGUGGAAGGUAGUAGAAGUCAAAUUUAUAGUGUAGUCUUUUGGCAGUCUAUGUGCACCAAAUCAUUUGAGACACACAAACAAAUCGGGCUGCACUGAAAUAAAUAAUUUGAUCAAGCA